AUGAGCUCGGUGCCGCCGCUGAUGGCGCUCACAGAGUCGGGGCAGAAAGGUCGCACGACCAAAGCAAAAGGAAAAGCAAAGUCGACACAUGGCCAUGUCCCACGCCGUCGUUUCGAAAAGAAGCAAACAAUCUCGUUCGAUGAAGAUGCACGACGCGAAUACUUGACAGGCUUCAGCAAGCGCAAACAGCAGCGAAAGCAAGCGGCGCACGAGUUUGUACAAAAGAAGAUCCGCGAGGAGAUCAAGAAAUCAAGGCAAGCAGCAGCAGAGGCCAGGAAACAGCGAGCAGCCGAAAAUGUUCGUGCAGAGCGACGUGCCUAUGGUCUAGAUACCGACGACGAAGACGAGGAGGAGGAAGAAGCACCAGCACCUAUGAACGAAGAACGCGACUUUGAAAACGAAGAGCGGUAUGCACAUGUUACUAUUCAGGAAAUGGGAAUGGACGACUGGACGACGCCUGCGCCCUUUGCAGAAGUCCUUCCACCCUCGUCACGCCGCGCUGCAAAGAAAGAGGAUGCCCAACCAGCCCCUGUCGCAUCGAAAAAGGCCAAAGCAGAAUCACGUCGCACUAAUGCGAUUUCUACGGUCCCCUCCGGAAGUUUGACAGGGAUUUUGGAACCAGAGGUGGCUCAGGCAGCUCAAUCCGAGCAAAUCUUCUCACCUACCGAUGUGCCUGAGCAGCCUAAAACGAAGCGCGCACAUACCUACCUGUCGAAAGCCGAACGACAAAAGGAACGGCAGAAACAGCGUGAAUGGAACCAUGCCCAGGCCGAAAAACGCCGUGCUGAAAACAAGGUAAAAGCCACGCACGUAAAGAAAAAGAAGCGAGCCACUAUGUAG